UUGCAUUCACCCAUGAGCUUCUUCGGUUUACAUGGAUGGAACAAAUGUUUGCAUUUUCAGCGUACUUACGUAAGACAUUAAAUGAUAGAAGUGGAAAGCUAACGCGGAGACUUCUGUGUUCGUUACUUGAUCACGACGCGGUUCUAAAACACAAGAAGCCAAAACGAGCCUCACUUCAGGUGAGCAGAACAAGUAAAAAGGAGCGCUCUUCAUGCCAGCUAAUUUUGGACCAUUUUGACCAUCAGUACCACAAAGAGCUCGGGGAAUUGUGGACAUCUGUGAGAUCCGUGCUGCUCGACCCGUCGUCUUGGCAGUACGGGGUGUUGCUCAAUCGCUUUACUGUAGUGACAGACGUCAAGCGUGUCCUCUUGUCAAAAGGCUUUUCCACGCUACUGCCUCAGAAAGAAGCCCUGACACCGUCUGGCGCUUUGCGCGCUGUGUUCGGUGCUGAAUGUCAAACCUCCAAAGGCUCUCCAAGUGAGAACUCCCAUCUUGACAACAGCUCUCCUGCUGCCAUUCAGCGGCCUCAAUGGGACGGCGCUUUGGGUCCGCCGUCCUCGUGGCUGCAGUGUUAUUUGCACCCCCGCCCGCUGCGUUUUCCAUCGCAGGCUCAUAGGCCCGGCCAGCUGAAGCAGUACUACCUUCUCAACGCCGCCUCCGUGCUCCCGGUGCUGGCUUUGCAAGUGCGGGAUGGAGAGAAGGUUUUGGAUCUUUGCGCUGCUCCCGGGGGCAAAGCUUUUGCUAUAAUGCAGUGCGCUACCCCAGCAUUCCUUUGCUGUAAUGAACCCGACGGGCACAGACGCGACAGGCUGAUGAAAACCUUGGAGUCUUUCCUGCCUCGCUCAUUGAGCGGCCGAGUGGUUGUCUCAGACCGGGACGGACGCUCCUUUGGGCAAAGCGAGGCGGGGACUUAUGAUAAAGUCCUGGUUGACGCUCCGUGCUCCAAUGACAGGAGCUGGCUGUUCUCGUCUGCUGGCCAGCAGGUGGAACAGAGGUUAAAGGAGAGAGGCAGGCUGCCGCGACUCCAGCUCCAACUGCUACGGUCUGCACUGUCAGCAGUGCGUCCGGGGGGCACGGUGGUCUAUUCAACAUGCACCUUGUCCAGCGCCGAGAAUUUUGCCGUGGUCGAGGCCGUGCUCAAAGACUGCCCCGAAGCCCAACCCGAGGACCUCUGGGAGGAGAUUGCGCUUCCUUUAUCGAACUACUUCACAUUUAGCUCCGCUGGCCGCGGGCCGGGACCCAACACCCAAUCUGCGCAGCCACGUUGCAGCAGCUUGUCCUCGUACGACCGCAAACUGGGCAUCCUCGUCGUUCCCCAGCCUUGUAAAACCUGGGGGCCCAUGUUUUUGGCUCGGCUAAGAAAGAGGAAAUAGAGACAUUCCAAUUCUCCUCCAAAAGUAUACCAAUAAUUUAGAGAUGCUGUAUUCCCUUUAUUGUCAAUUAAAGACUGAAUUGGAGCUUC